CCGAGCCGCGGGCGCGGCCCUGGGCACCACGAUGCAGCGGCCGGGGGAGCCGGGCGCUGCGCGCUUCGUCCCUCCCGAAGGCUGUGCCGACCACCGGCCGCACCGCUACCGCAGCUUUAUGAUCGAAGAGAUCCUCACCGAGCCGCCCGGGCCCAAGGGCGCCGCGCCCGCCGCAGCCGCUGCCGCCGCGGGCGAGCUGCUGAAGUUCGGCGUGCAGGCGCUGCUGGCGGCGCGGCCCUUCCACAGCCACCUGGCGGUGCUGAAGGCCGAGCAGGCGGCGGUGUUCAAGUUCCCGCUGGCGCCGCUUGGCUGUUCGGGGCUGAGCUCCGCGCUGCUGGCCGCGGGGCCUGGGCUGCCGGGCGCGGCGGGCGCGCCGCACCUGCCGCUAGAGUUGCAGCUCCGCGGGAAGCUGGAAACGGCGGGCCCUGGGGAGCCCGGCACCAAGGCCAAGAAGGGGCGCCGGAGCCGCACUGUGUUCACUGAGCUGCAGCUCAUGGGCCUGGAGAAACGCUUCGAGAAGCAGAAGUACCUCUCCACACCAGACAGAAUAGAUCUGGCGGAGUCCCUGGGCCUGAGCCAGUUGCAGGUGAAGACGUGGUACCAGAAUCGGAGGAUGAAGUGGAAGAAAAUAGUGCUGCAGGGCGGUGGUCUGGAGUCCCCCACCAAGCCCAAGGGGCGGCCAAAGAAGAACUCUAUUCCCACGAGCGAGCAGCUCACGGAGCAGGAGCGCGCCAAGGAGGCGGAGAAGCCGGCAGAGGUGCCGGGCGAGCCAAGCGACAGGAGCUGCGAGGACUGAGCGCAGCUCGAGGUGUGGCACUCGGCCCCUGGCGCCCCGCGCGUCCCCCUCUUUCCUUGAGACCCCGCGAGCCAGCCCUUCCGCGUCCAAGCCGUUUGCGUUCUAAACGUUUUAUUAUUAUCUUGAAUGCGGACAAUUAGGGGCAAACGGACACAGACCCUAAAUCCAAACCGCUCCUGGGCUCUAAUCUGGGAGGCAUGGGUCCAGAGAAGCGGAGGUUACUUGUCUCUGCCCUGAGCUGCGCGGUGCUGAGCGCUCACGCGCAUUCACGCCCCGCUCUGCGCCUGCGCCCGCACCCCGCCUCGGCCGGCCCUGCGCCCGCCGCCUCCCGCACGCACUCGCUUCCGGGAGUCAGGGACCCUGCGGCUGGGCGCAGGCCACCAAGACCACAGACGGUGCCCGGACAACACACAGGCUGCACCCCGAGGCUGGGUACCCAAGGUCGUUGGGGCCCCUACCCCUCUCUUGCGAAG